GGAGGGAGAGAGACAUAGAGAGAGAGAGAGAGCGCAACACACAACGAGGGAACCCCAUCAGCUGGAAGUCAAGUAACAUUACAACUCUCAGCAGCGUGGAACUACUGAGGUUACAUUACGCACUGCCCGAGGAUUUACCCCCCCGGUGGGAUCGCGGGGGUUCUGCCUCUCUAACGUCGGAUUUUGUUUUUUCUUUUAUCCAACGGAGGAGACUGUUUGCUUUUUUUUCUUUUUUAAUAAGGAGGUGGGGGGGCGGAUGGCAGACUGGCGAGAGGAGAGCAUGGAGUAUUUCAUGGUACCAGCUCAGAAGGUGCCCUCCUUGCAACAUUUCAGGAAAACGGAGAAAGAAGUGAUCGGAGGUCUUUGUAGUCUGGCCAACAUUCCUCUGACCCCCGAAACAGCCCGGGACCAGGAGAGGCGAAUUCGCAGAGAGAUCGCCAACAGCAACGAGCGCCGGCGUAUGCAGAGCAUCAAUUCCGGAUUCCAGUCACUCAAAACACUCAUCCCACACAGCGACGGAGAGAAGCUCAGCAAGGUGAGUAAGGCUGCCAUCCUCCAACAAACGGCAGAGUACAUUUUCACGUUGGAGCAGGAGAAGACGCGUCUGUUGCAGCAGAACAGCCAGCUCAAACGAAUCUCACAAGAGUUAAGUGGUUCCUCCCCUAAGAGGAGGCGUGUGGAGGAGAAGGACGAAGGGAUUGGCUCACCAGACAUCCUGGAGGAGGAGAAGGCCGAGGACUUGAGGAGGGAUAUGAUCGAGUUGAGGCAGCAGCUGGAGAAGGAGCGUUCCGUCCGGAUGAUGCUGGAGGAUCAGAUGCGUUCCCUGGAUGAGCAGUUGUACCCGGAGAAACCAAAGGCGAUCACCCAUCAGGUCCAGGAGCCCCGGACCCAGAGCCUGGUCCUUUCUCCAGCCCACAGCCCACAGAUGCUGGCUCCGGCCACCCCGCCUGCACCCACACACCACGCCACAGUAAUCGUCCCUGCACCUGGUCCACCGGCCCCGCCUCAUCACGUCACCGUGGUUACCAUGGGCCCGACGUCGGUUAUCAACACCGCGUCCACGUCUCGACACAACCUGGACACCAUCGUUCAAGCAAUCCAGCACAUCGAGGGCACCACCCAGGGGAAGGGCAGCGUCGGCGAGGAAGAGCAGCGCCCGGCGGUCAUCGUCACUCCAAGCUGUGUCCUCUCCGACGCAGCGGGAUCGGACACAGCCUCCAACAGCGACGGGCCCGACAACUGCUCACUGCCCUGAACCCCAGCCCCCCCCCAUUCGACGUCUCGCACGCCGUAUACUCGCAUACACACACACACUCUCACACACACACACACACACACACAAGGCCCAGGCGGACCGUGGCUGCAGGAGGCUUCAAAACCGGCAGCACUCUAGUGGACAUUAAUAGGGCUGGUAGACGGAUUGAAGCGGUCCGCGCUCCUGACAUGUUUUGGUUGUGAUAGGCAGCCCUAAUAGGUUUACACUCAUACAUGCAUUCUCUUUAUAGUCCGUUUCUGCUCUUCUUAAAGGCCCCGCUGUUUCAUAUUUCUCUUCAUUAAUCUAUAGAGAAGUUCUCAGAGCGACCACCUCGCUGGCUGACCCACAAUGACCCGCCAUUCUGGCUAGUAGAGUGUCUGCUAAACAUCACGAUUAACAUUUAUUAAAGCCCCGAAGCCAUGUGACUAAUUCACAAAAAAAAAAGGGAGAAAAAGAGCCCAGCAGUGUGGCGUCAUCCCCACCAAACACCGGAGCAUUUCUGUUUCGGAUCCUUUAAACGUUCUCCGAGCUGUUUGGACAGACACUGUGAAUCAACGAGACUGUUUCAAAGUUCCACCGUUUAAACUUCUGGAUGAAAGAAAAUGUUGUUUUACUCCUAUGAAGUCUACUUUUUCAUGUUUUGUUUCUUUUAAAGCUCCCUUAUCCAGCAACUUAAAGUGAUUGUACUGAAGAGAAAAAAAACGCACAAAGUCAACGGGAAUUAAAGAGCUGUUUACUGGUGCUCACAAGAAAAGGGCAGCAAAGAUUGGGAGGAGAAAGUGCGCUUACAGUUUUGUUUUUUUGCCAUUUCCUUACUGGGCUGGGUUCCCAGUAAUCCCACAAAUGUAAUAGGCAUGUUCUUCUUUUAUACCCAUGUCCUGACAAAAUAUAUCAAAAAUAUCAGUGCCCUGUCAUGAAAAAAACAUCCCUUUUAAAAUUUUAAAAGCACCAAGCGUGUUAAGUAGGUUGAUCUGUGGGUACAUUUUGAGUGAUUUCCACUGGUGUGCGUUUGUGCAGAGCAGUGUCCCGGACUCUGGCAGUCUGCGACCUGUGCAGAGGUGCACACACUCACACAAACGUGACUCCUGUUCAAUCGUAAAGGCUUUGUUCAUUCUUCCAACUGCGGUGUAGUUUCUUGUCCGAAAGUUGGGACGUCUGUCAAAGCAGACUAGAAUUCAAAUACAAGGAAAGAUGCCGGUUGAAUGGUUUGAAUGUGCGAUGGGAGUGACUGGGUCUGAACCACACGCGCUCUAUGCAUUUGUUCUCGUCCUGCGUGCUUUUCGUCUUUCGUCAUGCCAUCUACGCGUUUCUGCUCGGAUCAUUCUGUGAACGUUUCUGCCUGGAACCGUGGCUCGACAGAGCGACGGUAGGACUUGUGGAGCGAGGUCGCUUGCCUUACUAGUAUCCCGUGGGUGCAGCCUCUGGGGCCUGAGAGACGGACCUGAACUCUGGACCGUGGCUGCUUGGUGGCCACCGGUUUCCCUCCAGUUUCCCCCCCUCGCACGCUCCAAACAGGCUGGUAAACAACCUGGUUAGUUGGAACAUAUAUUCCCAGGUAUUUUGUCUUUUUGGUUGUUUUUUUACGUUUCAUUUUGUUUGCCAUAAGCUUCAAUAGGUGAUCUGUAGUACUAAUACAUUCACGCUCUCCUUAUGUAGUUUUUUUUUCCGGGACUAUUCCAAGAUACAUGCUGUACUGAGUCCUGCUUGGAUUUACAUUUAGACCUUGCGACCCCUUUGUGUGCACUAUUAAAGCCAGAUGUGUGGUGGGGGAAAAAAAUCCACAAUCAAAUGUUGACAUUCCGUAUAAUUUCCAAAAUGUUUCCAUGUUCGGUUCAAGCGAAACCUGAUCGAUUUUAGAUAUCAGUUGCAUUUAGCGCUUUCGCCAUUAGAGUCCUCUGCAUCAGUACAUAGAUGGAGCUUUGACUGCUGGACAGAUAACGUGUUCAUUUGAACGCAAACCCAUCUAUCAAGAUUUAUGUCAGAAAUAUUGAUGUCGUGUCAUGGGGCAUCUUAUCACCAGAGGCAGCGGAUUCCUGAAUAUGGAAAAUGUGACUUGCAAACAAUGCUUCUUGUGGAGCCCUGCGAUUCUUUUCUUUUUUUUCCUCCCGAGUAUCUGCGCUUGAUCAUUUUCUGCUGAAUCCCAGAGCUGUUUAGUUCCAUCUGUGUGACACAUAUCGACUUGUCAGAUGGGCGGGGUGGGCCUGGGGAUCAUUAAACGGGGUCAUGAUUACAAAGCACUUACUGUAAUAUACUGGAGUCCGCCUCUUUCAUUUAUAUAAAGGGGCGUCUCCUCAGCUGAAGCUCUUUUAGGGUUAUGAGUAAAAGCUGUGUAUCCCCCUUUUCCUCCAACAUCUUGUCCCGUUUGCUCCUCUCUUCUGUUUAUGCUCCCUUUGUUCAUCAAUUGUCAAUAUCUCUUGUGUCCCUUCACAUUUCACCGCUCCCUCCUCUCGCUCUCCUUUCGUCUUAACUGUAACUUUUUUUGUUUUGUUAGACCUGUCAGUGCAUAUGGUUGUCAAGAAGCUAUUUUGUGUCUGUUUUGUUUUUAAGAGAAAUGGUUUGGGGAUAAAGAGGCUUGUGCCUUUGUAAAGAGAAUAAAGUUUGUACUUUGUUUUUUAUGAA